AUGGCACAUUAUCCGUAUCGCCUUUUAACCCGACAAGAUGCAUCCCAAUCAAGUUCCAGUAUUAUGAGCGAUGAAGGCAAUAGCUUUCCUGUUUAUUCUUCUCCAAGUGAUUCUUUUUCCAUACCAUCAAGCGUUCAAUCAAGCACUAGUGUUACAACUGCUCAAGAGAUCCAAUACAUUCGCCGCCAACUGAAGGAAAUCCAGGACACUUUGAAGAUACUGGUAGACCGCGAACCUAGUGCCCCACAGGCAGGAGAGCUGCCGGUAAACUCACAACGCACCUCUGUGUCCCUCUUUUCGGAUUUGCUGAGACCCCAUCGCAUCGUCCCACAUCCUCGCCAAAGUGAGGUUGAACUUAACGGAUCUCAACGCAAAGCCCAAUUCAGCUGGAAAUUGAUGGAAUGGCUAGUUGACCACGUAGCACGUACUCAGUUGGAUAUGGUGCUCGGCAAGCAAGACUUGGUGAAUGCAUGCAACAAUGCCAAAGGCAGCUUGAUUUCAGGUGUUCAAGGUGACAUUUGCGCUACCUUCGAUAUCUCGAACGACGUGUCUUGGGGUUCUCUCCCAAAGAGAGCGCAAUGGGCGGCUAUUUUGCUCUUGGAAGAACGCGCUGCUUUAUUCCUUCCGCUCGGAAGUUGUAUUGCCCACUGGGGAGCGCGUUUGAUGAUUGCGAAGUUCUGGACAAGUACCAAUACUACUAAGGCAUCUUCAUCUGAUGUGAUGCUGCGGCCGAACCGUGCAAUGUUUGCACAUCGUCUUCCGAUGUUGAAAGUACUCUAUUUCUUCAUUACUUGUACUGAUGAUAUCAAAGGUGACGAUAGUGACACCUCUUCCGAGGAAUCUGACGAGACGGGAUCAUGCACUGGUACUGAUAAAACCUCAUCAAAAGUACCAAGACGUGAUCAAGAUCACCCUGUCGAGGAAGAGGAUGUGAUGGAAGUAUCUAAACCACGUCGAGGAUCAAGCAAGAAGAGAGGCCCGCGUUCAUUUGACAAUGGUAGUGGAUACCACAAGAAGCAACAAGGCCUCCAAGGUUCAGAAGGUGGCUAA